AUGCAGACGGAUCCUCGGAAGACAGUCCUCGGUAGCAGGAUCUUUGGUAGACAGUCCUCGAGACGUGGUGAUCAGCCUUCAAAACACAGACACAAAAGAUGUGGAUGGUGGAAAGUUAAGCCUUGCCCGCCCGGCUGGUUACAGUUUGAGAAGUCGUGUUAUUUAUUUUCAAACGAGACCAGCACGUGGGACGCGGCAUCGCAGCAUUGUGCACAUGUCGGCGGCUACCUGGCAACGGUGAACAGUCUGCGGGAACAUAAUUUCACUGCUGACAACAGACUAUAUCAGGAAAAUGAUCUCUUUGUUGGAGGAAGAAGGUCCGAAGACGGUAGCUUUCAAUGGGUAAACGGCGAAUCCAUGGAGUUUACUCAUUGGGGUGAAGGGGAGCCGAGUAAUACGGAUGGAAAUCAGAACUGUCUGCAGUUAAGAGCUAAAACGAAUGGUCUGUGGGACGAUCAACGGUGUGAUGAAACUAUACCAAAUGUAUGUGAAAAGGCAAUGUUCGGGUAGUAACGGCGUCAGCAACCUAUUAGACCGAGGCGCCCAUUGUGUCACCAUUGUAAACAGCCAAGUUUGGGGCUUUCAAAUACACGUUUUAUAAAAGAAACCUGUAUAUAUUAUACUAGUAACUGAUAUGAGCAAAUAAAUG